CUGUUUAAGGGCCAUGCGGUUGCGGCGGUCGCCGCGACCAGUCCCCACAUUGCCGAGCAGGCGCUGGACCUGAUUGAAGUGGAUUACGAGGUCCUGCCAACGGUGCUGACGCUCCAUGACGCGCUCAAAGAGGACGCGCCCAUCCUGCACGACGACCUGACCACCAUGUUCCGGGUGGAGCGGUUCGGCCGGGGCCAGGACACCGGCGUGAAGGGAAACGUAGCAGGCCACAUCCAGCACAGGCUGGGAGACGUUGAGAAAGGAUUUGCCGAGGCCGACGUGAUUGUGGAGCGGGAGUUCGAGACGCAAACCGUCCACCAAGGCUACAUUGAACCCCACGCCUCCACGGCGGUAUGGGCCCCCAACGACCGGAUUACUAUCUGGACUUGCACUCAAGGCGCUUUCGCCAUCCGCGCUUCAACCGCCGCCAUCAUGGGUCUUCCGGAGUCGUCGGUGAGAGUAAUACCCACGGAGAUCGAAGUCCGCGCGCCCGGUUAA